UCCCUCCCCGGCUCGGGCGCAGCAGCGGGCGGCGCGAUCAUGGCGCUGAGCAACUCGCUCUUCGGCCAGUGCCUGGGCUACUUCCUGGCCUUCCUCUUCAGCUUCAUCGUGGCCGUGCCGCUAUCGGAGAACAGCAACGACUUCCACGGCCGCUGCCUGCUCUUCACCGAGGGCCUGUGGCUCAACGCCAACCUGACGGCCGAGCGGCAGCGCUUCACCGUGCAGGAGUGGGGGCCCCCGGCCGCCUGCCGCUUCAGCCUCUUCGCCGGCCUCCUCUCCCUCCUGCUCGCCGCCGUCCAGGCCUGGCGGACCCUCUUCCUCCUCUGCAAAGGCCACGAGGACUCUUUCUUUUAUGCCUUCCUGAAUCUGCUGAUCAGCGCCUUUGUGAUGUUCAUCGUCUUUAUUGCCAGCACAAUUGUGAGCGUGGGCUUUAAAAUGUGGUGUGACGCUAUUACCGACAAAGGCAGCAUGCCCUACAGCUGUGAAGAGUUACAGGAUAUAGAUCUUGAGCUGAAUUUGGAAAACUCCUCGUUCUACGACCAGUUUGCCAUCACACAGUUCGGCCUCUGGGCGGCCUGGCUGAGUUGGCUAGGAAUUACCAUUUUGGCCUUCAUGAAGGUUUAUCACAAUUACCGACAGGAAGAUCUCCUGGACAGCCUGAUUCACGAGAAGGAGUUUUUGCUAGGACGGUCCUCAUCACGAACUUCUUUUCAGGAUGAAAAAAGUGGCAUGAUCUAACAGGUGGACGAGCCAGUCUAGGUUUUCUAAUUCGGUAGCUCUAGUUGAAGUUCUAGUAUGGAAGUUGUCUUGGAACGUCUGCAAAGUGGGCUUUAGGAAUGCGCCACUGGGCAUCCUAUUUAGGAGAUAGUUAUUGUCAGUAGACACAACACCAUUAAUAUGACUCGUUCACACAUGCAUGUACAACUUUCAUGACCUCUCCUCUUUUGUGUAUUCAGCACUUGACAGAUGUGCUGUUGGCCAAAUGUACAAACUCUCCACUGAAAAGUAUUACGUAUUAUAUUUGAGUUGAUGUCAGGAGCUAUGAAAAUUCUAUUUGGGGGAAUUAAUUCAUAACUUGCACGUACGAAUGUGUCUGUAUCUCUGGAUGUGGCAGUGGAUGAGUGAUGGAGUAUCCAUUUGUGAACGGGGUGCUAUGAUUUUGAUAGAGAUGUUCUGUGUGGAUUACAACCAUUUAUUUAUUUA